AUGGAGAGUAAUGAUGACCAAAACUUGAAGGCGAUUAAUGAGUCUGUAGGAAGAUUGGUUUGGGUUCGUCGCCGUAACGGCUCUUGGUGGCCCGGUCAGACUCUGGUUCAUGACCAAGUCCCUGAGAACUCUCUGUCCCAUCCACAAGUCGGCACUCCAAUAAAGCUUCUUGGCCGUGACGAUGUUGGCGUGGACUGGUAUGUUCUUGAAAAGUCCAAGACGGUGAAGCCAUUUCGCUGUGAAGAGUAUGCUGCUUGCAUUGAGAAGGCGAAGGCGGUUGGUACUGCAGCGAGCUCGAGUAUCAAGAAGACUGCCAAGUGUACUCGCAGAGAAGUUGCCAUUAACGAUGCUCUAGAGAUUGAGAAUGCACAUCUUGCGAAAGAAGAUCAUCCAGAUGAGAGUCUGUGUAACUCUGGCGAAGACGAUGAGGUUACAGACUCUGCUGAUGAAGAAGAGACUGAGGAUGAGUUGGUUUCAGCGCCGGAGCUAUUGCAGUCCAGUAUGUCUUCACAAGAAAUGAACGAUGUUGAAGCUCUGAAAGUGCAGCCAAGGAGGAGAAGAAGAACGCCGAAUGACUCUGAAGAUGAUGGCACUGAAGGAAUCAAGCGGAUGAGAGGGCUUGAGGAUAUUGGGAAAGAACAUCUCGGCGCUAAGCAAGAAAUGGGUUUGAUCUGUGAUGCAAACCUCGGUGACUCAAUGUCAAAUGGAAAUGUUCUCGCCAAUGGGAACAAAGGAUGCUCCCCACUGUCACUGAAAAGGAAAAGGUCACAGGUGAUAAACGCUAAUGAGUGCUCUAAAAGGAAACACCACCGACGCAGGCAAUUGGCAAAGGUGUUGGAGAGUACAGCUAUGGUCAGUGUCCCUGUGACCUGUGACCAGCUUGUUGAGUGUCAAGGGGUUUAUGACAGCAAAGUACCGGGGAUGGAGUCUGUCGAAUCCAUGAAAUCUGUGUCUGUUGUAAUCAACAAUAACUCAGACAGCACCGUGAUGUCAUGCGAGAAUGGUGGUUCUGCAAUUGUUGUCAGAGACUUUUAUAACAACAAGGCCAAGGACAGUGAGAUUUCUAGUGUAUCAGUCUCGGCGGAGAAUGAUUCUUCUGACCAAUUGUAUGAGGUUCCUUUAACUGGAGAAGCAAAACACUCUGCAGGUUUUCCGGGAGCUUGCACAGUUCCCUCACCGAGGGGAGUUCUUGUUUCUAGUUUGACAAGGCGGCGUGGUCGUAGUAGUAGCCAUGAUGUGUUUGUUAAGACAGAGGACAACCAUGGGUCUGAUUGUACAGAUCCUCCACCAGCUUCACAGCUUGUCAUUUUUAACUCGAACGGGAUUGAGAAGAGCAGCACUUCCAAGUGGCAGCUGAAAGGAAAGAGGAACUCGAGGCAGAUGAGUAAGAAGCAAGAAGCGAGUAGAAAUGUGUUCGGCGAAGAGGCUAAUAACAACAGUCCUCUCCCUCUUUCUACGCUGUUCGAUGUGAAGAUUGAGGUAAAAGCCAACUACAGCAAACCCCGGAGUGUUCCUUUGGUUUCUCGUAUGAGUGAAUUGUACGGUAAAUCUAUUGUUGGCCAUCCUUUAAGUGUUGAAGUCUUAGAAGAAGAAGUCUAUGGCAACGGUAUGGCGAUGUCUCAAGUUGUUGUGAAGACGAAGUCGUCAUUGUCCAAAAAUAAGGGCAAGAAGAAGAAAUCAAAUGGUGCUUUUAAUAACUCGAAGAAGAAGAAACCGUCUUCCCUGUUGGUAAAGACAAGGCGGCUCUCUGCUCUAACGAGCCAGAAGCUGACAGAAAGAAGCAAGAAGCAGACAACAGGAAAAGCAAAGGAAACAGUUGUAGCUUGUAUACCGUUGAAAGUAGUCUUCAGUAGGAUAAACGAAGUGUUGAAAGGUUCAGCAAGACAAACGCAACACCGAGCAUUAUUGCCAGCUGCAACCAAAACAUGA